AUGAAUCCCAUGUUUAUGGAGACAACAAUCUCAACCAGCAAUACAACCAUACUUACUUCCUGUUGUGAGACUCCCAGGUCCACGAGUCUUACACGACACCUCAGGUACCACGAGUCUUACACGACACCUCAGGUACCACGAGUCUUACACGACACCCCAGGUACCACGAGUCUUACACGACACCUCAGGUACCACGAGUCUUACACGACACCCCACGGUCUUACACGACACCUCAGACCACGAGUCUUACACGACACCUCAGGUACCACGAGUCUUACACGACACCUCAGGUACCACGAGUCUUACACGACACCUCAGGUACCACGAGUCUUACACGACACCUCAGGUACCACGAGUCUUACACGACACCUCAGGUACCACGAGUCUUACACGACACCUCAGGUACCACGAGUCUUACACGACACCUCAGGUACCACGAGUCUUACACGACACCUCAGGUACCACGAGUCUUACACGACACCUCAGGUACCACGAGUCUUACACGACACCUCAGGUACCACGAGUCUUACACGACACCUCAGGUACCACGAGUCUUACACGACACCUCAGGUACCACGAGUCUUACACGACACCUCAGGUACCACGAGUCUUACACGACACCUCAGGUACCACGAGUCUUACACGACACCUCAGGUACCUCGAGUCUUACACGACACCUCAGGUACCACGAGUCUUACACGACACCUCAGGUACCACGAGUCUUACACGACACCUCAGGUACCACGAGUCUUACACGACACCUCAGGUACCACGAGUCUUACACGACACCUCAGGUACCACGAGUCUUACACGACACCUCAGGUACCACGAGUCUUACACGACACCUCAGGUACCACGAGUCUUACACGACACCUCAGGUACCACGAGUCUUACACGACACCUCAGGUACCACGAGUCUUACACGACACCUCAGGUACCACGAGUCUUACACGACACCUCAGGUACCACGAGUCUUACACACCUCAGGUACCACGAGUCUUACACGACACCUCAGGUACCACGAGUCUUACACGACACCUCAGGUACCACGAGUCUUACACGACACCUCAGGUACCACGAGUCUUACACGACACCUCAGGUACCACGAGUCUUACAUGA